AUGUCUCCAGCUACAAUCUUUCACGGCCAAAACCAAGGCCCAACGAUUCUAGCAGUCUGCUGGGUUUUGGUACUCAUCCCGGGGUUGGUGUUGGCUCUGCGUAUAUGGUGCAAAACCGCACUGAGUCGAGGGCUGGGCUGGGACGAUUUAGUCGUCAGUCUUGCAUGGCUACUACAACUUAUUUAUACAGUACUUAUCACGAAGGCCAUCCAGUUAGGAGUAAUCGGAAAACAUGUCGAAGCCAUCGAAGACCCAUCUACCAUACCUCCUGCGCUGAAACUAGUCUACAUAUCAUUCGUCAUCGUGAUCAUCGGCUGUGUCCUCAGCAAAACUUCCUUCGCCAUAACGCUCUUGGGAACCGUGACUCGCGUUUGGAUGAAGGCUCUCUUAUGGUUCAUCAUAAUAACUAUGAAUGCGAUCAUGUGGCUUUGUGCAGUCUGUUAUCUGGCCCAGUGCAAGCCAGCAGCUGCUCUGUGGAAUACGAAGCUCAUGGCUACAGCCAAAUGCUGGCCAACCUUUAUCUUUGAAAACAUUGCCCUGACAGCCGGAGCCUAUUCAGGGUGUAUGGAUUUCAUCCUUGCCCUCCUUCCAUGGGCUGUGCUUUGGAAACUCCAAAUGAAGAAACGAGAAAAGUUCGGCAUCGCCGUCGCAAUGAGUCUCGGCGUUUUUGCUGCCGCGACUGCAUUUGUCAAGACAUCAAAGCUGGUCAAUAUUUCAAAAGUCCAAGAUUUCACCUAUUACUGCUCGAGCAUCAUUAUAUGGGCUUCCGCAGAAACAGGCUUAACGAUAUUUGCCGCAUCCAUUCCAGCCCUCCGAAUCCUCCUCGUCCGAAUGCGAUCCACCUUUGACCGAACAGACGAACCCAUAUCGGGAGAUUACAACAUCUCUGCCAAGACUCAUGGCAAGAAUCGAGAUACACACAGUACCGAUCGAUACCACUAUUUUGCUGGUGAGCCCAUUACCCUUCUAGAUCGGGGUGACAACAGCAGCGAAAAAAGCAUACUGGCGAAAACUGGUGGCAUCAAGCAGACGCAGGAAAUUUCGGUGUCAUAUGAGAGGAACAUUUAUGAGGAGCAUAAUGAAAUGAGAAUGGGCGCUGUUAGUCCAGGUCGUACUUUGUGA